AUGGUCCCCCAGGUCAAACAGGAGCCUGAUUCCCAGACACCAUACAUCAAACCCGACCCAUAUAUCAAACAGGAUCCCGACAGCAAGGAUACAGUACUCGCUGAUAUCGACGAUGAAGAUCUAUAUGAGGAUGCGGGCGAUCUAGACUUCUCGGCUGCGAACCAGAGCGUCUGGCUUUCACGGCUUCCCCGGUCACUAUGGGAACAUUGGGCGCAUUUGUCAAACAGCGCCGGCGAUGACGACGAGGAGAUUCAGAUUGGGACAAUGAGGAUUGAGGGUACACAGAAUGAUCUCAAACGGGUCAGUUUGCGCAUAAACGCACGAGAAGACAAUCGCGAUAUUCCUAAAGACUAUCUACUGCAACGGCAAACGAUAACCUCAGAGAAUGUUUCGCACUUGACGCAAAAUACGUACCUUUUCACGGAGAGGGACCUCCCGGGUCAUGAGAAUCGUAUGGUGGUUUUUGGCGAGGCGCGUUCGGCGCUCUAUGAGUCGAUGAAGCGGGAUAUGAGGAAGAAGGAGCGCAAGAAGAAAUGGGAGCCCUACGUCAGGAAAACGGUACCGAAACAAACCGCUUUGGUGGGGAGCGUGAGUGAAGAGUUCAACUGCCUUCCGGUUGAGAAUGAGGAAUUCCGGCGGUUGUCGGAGAAGAAGGCUCUGGAGGCACUCAAACCGAAGCGUGAGACUGUAUUUAUCGAUAAGAUUCCGGGCAAGAUGCUCCAGCCGCGGAAUGCAUUGCCCGGAGAGAAGGGUGCUUUUGUGCAAGCAACAAGGCCAGUCAAGCCCAAGGCCCAGGAGAACAAAACCACUCGUAUGCCUCAAAACGAGCUGUUGGAUCUUAUCUACCAGUGCUUCAGGGAAUACAAGUACUGGCCAUUUAAGAACCUCAAAGCGAGACUGCGACAGCCCGAGGCUUAUCUCAAACAAACUCUGGAAAUGGUUGCGCAUUUGGUUAAAGCUGGUGACUUUGCUAUGACCUGGGAGCUGAAGCCCGAGGCGAGGGAAAGCAACUACGCCAAUGCGAUGUACAACGAUGCUAAGGAUGAACUCGCUCCGGGAGACUACAACUUCGAGGACGGCUCUGAAGAGGAAGCCACGCCUUCCGGUAUGAUGACAGAUAAUGACGAAGGACAGUUCGAGAACGUUGUCUAA